AUGCUGUCGGACGGCGACGACGACUGCUCCGCCCCCGCGCGGUUCGAGCUGCAGGAGGACCCGUCCUUCUGGAAGGACAACAACGUGCAGGUCGUCAUCCGCGUCCGGCCGCUCAGCAGCAGCGAGGUGUCGCUGCAGGGGAGCAAGCGAUGCGUCAGGCAGGAUACUGGCCAGAGCAUCACCUGGACUGGCCACCCGGAGUCAAGGUUCACCUUCGAUCUGGUCGCCGACGAGCACAUCACGCAGGAGAGUCUUUUCAAGGUUGCUGGGGUGCCCAUGGUGGAGAACUGCAUGGCUGGCUACAACAGCUGCAUGUUUGCUUAUGGGCAGGAAAAGGAAAUAAGAGGAGACGAAAAGCUCAGUUUUACUUGCAAAUGCUCAUUCUUGGAGAUAUAUAAUGAGCAGAUUCUGGAUUUGCUCAAUCCAAAUGCAACGAAUUUGCAGUUAAGAGAGGAUGUGAAAAGGGGUAUGCAUGUUGAGAAUCUGACUGAACAUGAGGUUUCCAAUGCUCGAGAAGCAAUGCAACAACUUAUCGAGGGGGCAGCAAACAGAAAGGUGGCAUCCACCAAUAUGAACAGAGCAAGUAGCCGCUCUCAUAGUGUUUUCACUUGUCUUAUAGAGAGUAAGUGGGAAUCUCAAGGCAUCAAGCAUCAUCGAUUUUCUCACCUUAACCUUGUUGACCUUGCUGGCUCAGAGAGGCAAAAGAGCUCAGGUGCUGAAGGGGAACGCUUGAAGGAAGCUUCAAACAUCAACAAGUCACUCUCAACUUUAGGGCAUGUUAUUACCAGCCUUAUUGCUGUGUCAAACAAAAAGUCACAGCAUGUUCCAUACCGAGAUUCAAAAUUGACAUUUCUCCUGCAGGACUCACUUGGAGGUAAUUCCAAGACCACUAUAAUUGCAAAUAUAAGCCCAUCUAGCUGCUGCGCCGCUGAGACGUUGAGCACAUUAAAAUUCGCGCAACGGGCUAAGCACAUUCGGAAUAAUGCUAUUAUAAAUGAGGAUGCCUCUGGUGACGUUCUGAGCAUGCGUUUGGAGAUCCAACAUCUCAAGAAAGAGCUCAACCGCCUGCAAGGACAAUCUGGAUUCACUUCCAAUGGAUCCAUCUGCCAGACCCCUAGCGCAUUCAAAUGGGAUCAAGCUCAUGGCCAAUUCAGUCCACUUAUGUUUGAUAAGGGAGCUACACAGACGAAAGAUUAUGAUACUGCACUUGUCGCCGCUUUUAGGAGGGAGCAAGAAAAAGAAGCAAAACUAAAGGCAGCAAUUGCUGCAAAGCAGAUUGCUGAACAGCUGGCGACUCAAAGAUCAGAAGAGGUGAGAAGUUUCAAGAUGAGGCUUCGCUUUCGUGAAGAUCGAAUCAAGAGACUGGAGCAACUUGCAUCAGGGAAGCUAUCCGCUGAAGCACAUCUCUUGCAAGAGAAGGAAGAUCUUGUGAAGGAAAUAGAAGCUCUACGUAGUCAACUAGAACGGAAUCCAGAAAUUACAAGAUUUGCUAUGGAAAACCUACAACUGAAGGAGGACCUUCGAAGGUUGCAGUCAUCUGUUGAUGAAGAAGAACAGGAAAGAAUGCAGCGACAGAUAACUGUUUUAGAACAUCAGCUCCUAGAAGCACUUGACUGGAAACUUAUGAAUGAGAAGGAUCCUGUUAAGAAGGACCUCUCACUAUUUGGAGACGUAGAUGGUGAUGAGAAUAACGAGUUUCUUCGUUUACAGGCUAUUCAAAAUGAGAGAGAAAUUGAGUCACUGCGUAAAAAUUUGAGUGUCUGUUAUCAAGCAAAAGAGAAACUUGAGAGGCGUGUUGAUGAGUUGACUGUAGAGUUGGAGGCAGCGAAGAAAUGUGACCAUGAGAACAAAGAAUUUGAGGUUGCACAGCUCCAGGAACAAUCAGUCCUGCUUGAUGCUCAGACGGAACUUAAGACAUUAGUUGACGCAAUAGCUACUGCAAGUCAAAGAGAAGCAGAAGCUCAUGAAACUGCAAUUGGGUUGGCAAAGGAGAAUGAGGAAUUGAGAACAGAGCUUAAGGUCCUGAUCGAUGAUAACAAGAGAUUGGUUGAGCUCUAUGAACAGGCUAUUGUCAACAUCGGGGUGAAACAAGAUAGCUCCGUUCUUCAAACAGAAGAUGUCAAUGAGCAGCAAAGUAGCCAUCCUUCCUGUGGAGGGAGUACUGUGAAUGGUUGCCUGCUAGAUGACCAGCCAGAGGGUGCAACAGGUUUUCCUGCAUAUGGUUCAUCCACUGAUGCUGUAGAAGAGCCUGAGAUGGUGGACGAAAAAUGCAGCCGCAAGGAUGACCUUUCGAGAUCUGAAUUUUCGGAACUGCAACUUCAACUGGAAGAGAUGCAUGAAGAAAACGAUAAACUUAUGAGUCUGUACGAGCAAGCUAUGCAAGAAAGGGAUGAAUAUAAGAGGAAAGUUUCUGAGCAAAGCAAUCCUGAAACUACUGAAGACAUUCAGUUCAGAGAGACAGAUGCUGGAAUGGAUGAAGCAAUGGAUACUGAGAUUCAGUUCAGAGAGACAGAUGCUGGAAUGGAUGAAGCAAUGGAUACUGAGAUUCAGUUCAGAGAGACAGAUGCUGGAAUGGAUGAAGCAAUGGAUACUGAGGGUAUCCAAGGAGAACAAGUGCAUGACUCUCCCAUUGUAGCUUUUAAAGAGGUGCUGCAGCUUGUUCGGGUUAAGCUGGAGCAUGUCCAAGACAAGCUUGUGACUGCCCAGGAUGCAGUGCAAUACUUUAAACUACUCGAAAUGGCUAGUACUAAGGCAGAAGAACUUUCAGCAAGCAUUCAGCUCUGUUGCCGAGUUGUUCAGCAAGGGCAGGAAGACAUGAAUGCCCUCAAGUCGCAACUGUCAGAAUCACAGGAGAGAGAAAUUUCUUCGGAAGGCAAGCUUUUCUCGCCUGCGCCUGCAGCAUUAUGUUGGGACUUGCAUUUGGAAACCAAAGCCCUUGUUGGGUCCAAGUUUGAUGUCAACAUGGAAUUAAUGAAUAAAAAAAUGGAAGAGUUGAGUAACCUAGGAACUCUCAAAACUGAAGUUUCUGUUGCGUUUACAAAAGCACAGGAGUCUGAAACUGAUUUGAGAAACAAAAUCGAUGGUCUUAAACAAAAGUACCGUUCUUUGGAAGCUCAAAGGAACGAGACAGAAAAGGUUCUCUUUGCUAUUGAUAAUUUGAAGAGCCCUGCUACCCCAUUGCUGAAACCCAAGAAUUUUGGCAAGGCAUCUGAACUCCUGAGUUUGGAAGAGGGGAGAACAAAGCUUUUAGCUGAGAUGAAGAGGUUCCGCGAACAGCACAGCAUGGUGCAAAAGGAAAUAAAAGGCCUGAAAAAGUAUGACGAUCUUGAUGAUAAGAUUUCAUGCCUUGAAUCAGAGGUAGAGGAUUGCUACCUCUCCCUGCUGGAGGCUGAUACCGAGAAGUUUGUCCGAGAUUACACCUUAGCUGAAAUUUGGGAGGGUGAACUGAAGAGCAAGCCGAGCUUACUGGUUGACUACCAGGAUAGCAUCUUUCAAGUCAGCUUGAAGGAGGAGGAGAUCAGGCUAUGCGAGGAGUCACUGCAGCACCAGACAAUGUCCUUGGAUGAGCUGAAUCCGAAGCUAAAUCAGGCGAUGCGGGACCUCGGCGAGCUUCUGCGUGACAGAACAUCCCGCGGUUUGGAUGCAUCUGAGCUCCAUGUGUCUGACAAGGUGAAAGGGGACCUUGACGCCAUUGAGGUUCAUGUUGCUGAAGCUAGACAACUCCUGCUCAUCGACAACCAAAGCGAUUCGUGAACCUUGCCAAGCACCAAGUAGUGCUCACCGAUGUAACGACUGACAGGAUAGUCUGUCUUCGCCUUCGUCUGUACACAUCCUCUGUAGCAGAACAGCUGUUAUCAAGUGGGACCUCCUAUUCUCGGGUGGUCUGGCAUCCAGAGCUGUCAGCAGGUUCCUUAUGUAAGUUACGCAGAUUUAGAUCCUCUCCCUUUAGCUGUGAAAUUCAUUUUACGAGACAACGACUG